UUCGGUCUUCUAAACCUGAGAUCAACAAAAAAAAUCAUGGAAGAAGGGCUUUCAUCAGUCACUCCGAUCGCCGCUAAGAGGUUACAAGGUAAGGUGGCUUUCAUCACCGGCGGUGCCAGCGGCAUCGGCGCCGCCACUGCAAGGGUUUUCGUCCGUCACGGUGCCAAGGUAAUGAUCGCCGACGUUCAAGAUGACCUCGGCCGAUCCCUUUGUGAUGAGAUAUGCUCCUCCGUCGGCGGCGGAGCCAAUAUUUCCUACGUCCACUGCGACGUCACCAGCGAUUCCGACGUCGAAGCGGCAAUCAACGCCACAAUCUCGAAGCACGGCAAGCUUGACAUAGCCUACGGCAAUGCCGGCGUCUCUGGCAAUCCAGACCCUUCCGUUCUUGCGAUUACCGAGGACUUCUUCAAGCAAGUUUUCGCAGUCAACGUGUACGGAUGCUUCCUCGUGGCCAAGCACGCGGCUAGGGUCAUGAUCCCGGCGAAAGGAGGGAGCAUCAUCUUCACGGCAAGUAUAGCGUCGGUGAACCACGGUGGCUUAGCGCACGACUAUGUGGCGUCGAAGUACGCGGUGGUGGGACUAACAAAGAACCUCAGCGUUGAGCUGGGCAUGCACGGCAUCAGAGUGAACUGUGUGUCGCCGUACGCGGUGUCGUCGCCGAUGAUGGUGAACGGCCUGAGGAUGAAGAAGGAGGACAUAGAAAAGGUAUAUUCAGAAGCUGGGAAUCUGAAGGGAGUGAUUCUGAAAGCUGAAGAUGUUGCAGAAGCAGCUAUGUAUCUUGGAAGCGAUGAAUCAAAGUAUGUGAGUGGACUUAACUUGGUGAUCGACGGCGGUUAUAGUCUCACAAAUGGGUCUGCCGGACAGGCCGUGACGAACCAUUUCAAAACCAUGAACUCUCAUUGAAGUUUUCCGGUACGGAAAGAAGAAUCUGAGGUUAUAAAUCUGGUUGGUUAUGUCUUUUCCUUCUGCUAAUAAGCAUAUUUGUGUGUGUUUUUGUUUUGGCAAAUUCAUUUGUGUGUGGGGUUAAGGGUAUUUGUGCUCUCUAGUGAAAGAAGUUGUAUGUACUCAUAACCUUUUUUUUUUUCCCAGUAUUAUCCUGAAAGUACUCUUCCUGUUUUUAAUAUAAGAUUCAUUUUAUGGUGCAAUUUGCACUCCAAAAUGAUUCUUAUAUUUAGAACAGAAAAAAUAUUAAAAAAUGAGUAAUAUUACUCGUCUAAACGUCAUUAGUAAUUUUUGAUGACAAAGGCGACAUUAUUCUCUUUUUAAUACUUUCAAGUAAUAUUAAGAGAGAGAAAAACUUUGAGAUGCUAGCAACUCUCUUAUAAAUAUUUCGAGUACAAAAAUAUCCUUAACCUUUUAUACAUAUACAUACACACACACAGAGUACCAAUAAAUAAGUGCUUGGCUGUUUGAUUCGUCUGAUAUUCAGAAAAGUUCAGGGUGAUUGGAUUCAUAUACAAUGGAAAGAACAUUUAUGA